CUGUCCUCCAUGUUUUAAUAAGCAUUGACAUAUCACACAGAGUUUUUAGCCAUGCAUCCACAGAGUGUGGCAGAGGAAGAGGGAAAAGAGACAACAGAAGGAAUGGAGAUCUCAACACGAUCCAAAGUUUCAGACACAGCGUCAACAGAGCGGAUGGCCCAAAAACGAAAGAUGCCGAGUCCCUCUCACUCAUCGAACGGUCACUCCUCUGCUGAAACAUCCCCAUGCCCAAUGAAAAAGAAGAAGAAACCUGGUGCUGUUAGCAGCAGCAAAGACCAGUCAGAACUAAGACAUGGUCCCUUUUACUAUGUGAAGCAGCCAGCACUCACCACAGACCCUGUUGAUGUUGUACCGCAGGACGGCAGGAAUGACUUCUACUGCUGGCUGUGCCACCGCGAGGGCCAGGUGCUCUGCUGUGAGCUCUGCCCCAGGGUGUACCAUGCCAAGUGCCUCAAACUACCAGCCGAGCCCGAGGGCGACUGGUUCUGUCCGGAGUGUGAGAAAAUAACAGUUGCAGAGUGCAUAGAGACUCAGAGCAAAGCCAUGAUGAUGCUAACUAUAGACCAGCUGUCUUACCUACUAAAGUUUGCCCUUCAGAAGAUGAAACAACCAGGUACUGAACCCUUCCAGAAACCUGUCUCUCUUGAACAGCAUCCAGAUUAUGCAGAGUACAUUUUUCAUCCUAUGGAUCUUUGCACACUUGAGAAGAAUAUCAAAAAGAAAAUGUAUGGCUGCACAGAGGCCUUCUUGGCAGAUGCGAAAUGGAUUUUGCAUAACUGUAUUAUAUACAAUGGAGGCAAUCACAAACUGACAGCUACAGCUAAAGUAAUAGUAAAAAUCUGUGAACAUGAGAUGAAUGAGAUUGAAGUUUGUCCUGAGUGUUAUCUGUCUGCUUGCCAAAAGAGAGACAACUGGUUUUGUGAGCCUUGUAGUAACCCACACCCUCUAGUGUGGGCCAAACUGAAAGGAUUUCCAUUCUGGCCUGCUAAAGCUCUGCGGGACAAAGAUGGACAAGUGGAUGCUCGUUUCUUUGGUCAACAUGACAGGGCAUGGGUUCCUUUAAACAACUGCUACCUCAUGUCCAAAGAGAUUCCAUUCUCUGUGAAGAAGACCAAAAGCAUCUUCAACAGUGCCAUGCAAGAGAUGGAAGUCUAUGUGGAGAACAUGAGGAAGAAGUUUGGAGUGUUUAACUAUGCCCCCUUUAGGACACCCUACACUCCUGACAACAACUUCCAGAUGCUGCUAGAUCCCUCCAACCCCUCGUCCACCCCAGUCAAAUCUGAGAAACAGGAGAAGAUCAAGCUGAGCUUUGAUAUGACAGCAUCACCUAAGAUCCCUUUGGCCAGGACCAUGUUGUCUGGGGCUGGGGUGGGAGCUGGCACCGUUGGGCGACGGUUCCCUCUCAGUGACAUGCCUCGCUCCCCCAUGAGCACCAACUCCUCUGCUCACACCGGGUCAGAUGGCGAACAGGAGACAGCAGACAAGUCGCAGGCCAAAGGCCCAAACAGCCAGUACAGUGCAGGAGAAGAGUCCAUGGACUGUACAGCAUCACCUGCCCAUCCACGACCUGGUCCUGCAGGCAGUUCAUUGGACAGCCCUAAACCAUUCCACUCUCAAGCUCCUGGCCUCGCCAAGCAGGAGAAGACACCACAGACAGGAAGCAUUCUGAACCUCAAUUUAGAUCGGAGCAAAGCAGAAAUGGACCUAAAAGAGCUCAGUGAAACAGUUCAGCAGAAGCAAGGAGCCACACCAGUCCUUACUUCUCCAAAAAGACAGAUUAAGAGCCGUUUCCAGCUGAACCUGGACAAAACCAUUGAAAGUUGCAAGGCACAGCUGGGUAUCGAUGAGAUCUCUGUGGAUGUGUAUAAAGGUGUUGAACACAGUGACUCAGAAGACUCUGAUAAAUCUGACUCGAGUGACAGUGAGUAUGCCAGUGAUGAUGAGCAAAAGACCAAGGAUGGCCAGGACGCAGCACCAAAUGAUGAAGCCCAGAAGGACCCUACCAAAACUAAAGUCAAAGACCAGGCUUCCCCAAGCCAAGAUAAGGAAGGUAAAGCUGAUACACCUGUGGCAUCUGAGUCGGCAGCAGCUGAUGCCACUGCAACAGUAUCAGAUGCUCCAACUAAGGAGAAAACAAGCUCUGAUUCAGAGAAAGAGAGCCCAGAGAAGACCAAAGCACCUCCAGCAUCACCUGCUCCCAGAGAGAAGUCUCAGGUGAAAGAAGAAGCAAAGCAGCCAAUGCCAGUGGAGGACUCUGACUCUGAGAGGGAGCUGGUCAUCGACCUUGGAGAGGAACAGGGAGGCAAAGACCGGAAGAGGAGCAAGAAAGAAACAACCCUUGCUAAAGAAUCACCUGCUGGUAAAACUGAAGGCAAAGCCCUGACCCCAUCCACUGUCCCGUCUCAAAGCAGUGCAGCUCUUUCCACACCCUCCAGUGUUUCCACACAGUCCUCAAUGGCCAUUCCCGUCACCAUGGUCUCCUUCACUACUCCCUCUCCCGCAACCAUAAGUCUUGCAACUGUGUCCAGUGCCACAGCAACACCCCCCUCCUCCUCUUUGACCUCCACAACUCCAGCUUUGAAGAAACAGCGCCCUCUGCUGCCCAGAGAGACAGUGCCAGUGGUGCAGAGAGCUGUGGUGUGGAAUCCCACUGCCAAGUUUCAGACUUCCUCACAGAAGUGGCACAUGCAGAAGGUGCAGCGUCAGCAACAGAACCAGCAACCUGUGGCAACCACCCAAACUCAGGCGUCGUCACCCAGGCAAGGCCAGACCCAAGCGGUGACCCAGACACAGGCGGGGAACGUCUCGACAGCGGUAUCCUCAUCUUCAGCACAGCAGUCUUCACAAAGCACACGCUAUCAGACCAGACAGGCUGUCAAAGCUGUUCAACAGAAAGACACUCCACUUAGCACGUCCACAUCCGCUGUCACCCUGGUAUCCAGUAGUCCAGCUUCUGCUGCCAUGAUGGCAACGUCAAGUCUAGGCACAGCUGCUUCAUCUUCACCAGUGGCAACAGACCAGUAUAUCCCCACGGCGUCAGCGGAUGUGGCUGCAGACAUCGCCAAGUACACAAAUAAAAUAAUGGAUGCAAUCAAAGGUACAAUGACAGAAAUCUACAAUGACCUUUCCAAGAGUACUUCAGGGAAUACAAUAGCAGAGAUAAGACGACUGAGAAUCGAAAUAGAAAAAUUACAGUGGUUGCAUCAACAAGAGUUGUCAGAAAUGAAGCACAAUCUUGAGCUGACGAUGGCAGAGAUGAGACAAAGUCUGGAGCAGGAGAGAGAGAGGUUGGUGACAGAGGUGAAGAAACAGAUGGAGCUGGAGAAGCAACAGGCAGUGGAUGAGACAAAGAAGAAGCAGUGGUGUGCUAACUGCAGGAAAGAGGCCAUCUUCUACUGUUGCUGGAACACCAGCUACUGCGAUUACCCCUGUCAGCAAGCCCACUGGCCAGAACACAUGAAAUCCUGCACUCAGUCAGCCACAGCCCCACAGCAAGAACCUGAGGCUGAGUCCACAGCAGACCUCCCAAACAAAGGGUUAGGGCAGACUAGCAGUGGCCCAAACCCUCUCAGAGACACGCCAGUCUCUGCACCACCAGACAAAGACUGUGACGUGGAGAAGAGUACUGACAGUGUUGCUGUCACUUUGUCAUAACGCAACUUACCAUACUUGAAAAUGUAAAUGUAUAUAUUGUUUUUUCACUACAAGGAUAUGUGCAUGUAAAUUGUUCUGUUCAAGCGGUUAUUAAGGGAGCAAUCCAAAUUAUUUUUAUUUUUAUAUUUUUGUUUGCCUUUCUGGGCUCACAUACUGCCCCCAGUUCACAUGGUCUUUGAAGCAUUUUAAAUGUAGAAACAAGACUGGCAGCAGAUAGUUAGUAACCACUAGAGGGGGUAGUUUAAAAAAUGUAUACUGCAUAUUCAUGCACUUUGUUGCAGUCUAUAGAGAGUUGUCGGUAUAAAGAUCUUAAGAGCAUGCUUGAGUGUCACAAAACAUACACAUAGUGUAAAGGACAACAGUUUAACAGUUUCAAAUUGCAAAAAUGUAAACCAUGUUAAUGGACCACCUCAGUUUUAGAUUAGAGGACUGUUGACAGGAAUGUCUGUAAAUGACUUAUUUUGUAUUCUAUGUUAAUUUAUUUGUUAUUCUAAUGUUGCCUGCUGUAUACUGCAAAGAAAAUAACAAAUACAAACAUUUUAAAUGA